AAAAAAAACAGAAGCAAUGGCUAGAGGCAGCAUCACGCUUACAAAGCUGAAGUCAGUUUUAAAGAAGCUAAAUUCGUUCAACAACAAACAAAAUCGGCCGAAGUCAUCCAGCUCUGUCGUGGUGGCUUCCAAAGCUGACGAUGAAUCGUCGGCUAAGCUCCAUCCUGUCUACGUCGGGAAUUCACGGCGGCGGUACCUUGUUAGUUCCGACAUUAUCGAGAGCGCGCUGUUCCGAGAACUAGCAGAACAGUCGGGAGAGCAAAACGACGCCGUCACCAACGUGUCGUGCGAGGUCGUCUUGUUCGAACACUUGCUUUGGAUGCUCGAGAACGGUAGAGUCUUUAGAGGAGCUUGUUGA